GGAUCAUGGUCAUACAGCGUGGAAACAAGCCCUUCGGCCCAACUUGCCCAUAUCGACCAACAUGUCCGAUCUACACUACACGCACCUGCCUGCGUUGGGCCCAUAUCCCUCUAAACCUGCCCUAUCCAUGUACCUGUCUAAAUGUUUCUUAAACUUUGCCUGAACUACCUCCUCUGGCAGCUCGUUCUAUAAGCCCACCAUCCUGUGUGUAAAAAACAAAGCUGCCCCUCAUGGUUUUUACUAAACCUUUCCCCUCUCACCUUAAACCUCUGUCCUCUGGUUCUCGAUUCUCCUACUCUUGGUAAGAGACUGCGUGCCUAACCGAUCUAUUCCUCUCAUGAUUUUGUACACCUCUAUUAAGUCACCCCUCAUCUUCCUGCGCUUCAAGGAAUAGUGUCCUGUCAGCAGCUCUAGUGAUGGCAGCAGCACAUUCCAGAUUACGUGCUUGCAACAUGGAAGUGGGUCAUUUACUGAGGGUGGUGUGUUCACACACCUGGCUUCUCAUUCUGCCCGGACCAGGGUUGUAGCUGAGCCAAGGGACCGAUGCGCUUUACAUCUGGCCCUUCCCUGAUAAUAUCUGGCACAUUUCUCAUGGUUCCAUUCCUAUUUUGUUAUUGCCUUCAUUGUUGCACUGUUAGGUAUUCCAAUGAAUCCUGAUGCAUUUUGGAAAUUAUUUAUAAACAUUGGAGUGUGAUAUUAUGCCAAGUAAGCGUAUAAAGUCCAAGCAUAUGUUUUGAUUUAUGUUUUGCAAUUCUUGAAUACUUUCAUUAAGCAUAUUUCAGCAAAGUAAGAAGACAUUUUAUUACAAAAAAAGUACUUGGGAUGCUAGACCUUUAAAAUAUUGGAUUCAAGUUGAAAAGAUGGACAGAGCACUCAAUCUAUACAAAUAAUUGUUUAUGCCAUUAUUAAAACAAUUUUGGGCAAGCCUACCUACAAUGGUUACAUCAGAUACAAGAACUAAGAAUUCAAUUAGAUACAGGAACUAAGAUGACAAGAAUAUGUGAAUUUACCAAAUAAAUAAGUGCAGAACCUCUUCAGAGUAAGGAAGAAUAAUGCCAUCUUUUCAUUAAAGUCAAGAGGCUAGAGUUAUCCAAAAUGAAAGAAUAGUGAUACCGAAUAGCCUUUUUUUCUCAUCUAUUGUGUUUUUUGGGAAACAAUUGCUAUAAAUAGUCUCAUUUUGUCACCCUCAGCUCUGUAAACUAUUCUCUUUGAAAUGCCUGUCCAAUUCCUCUUCUCCAAAGUUGUUCUAGUUGUCUUGAAAUAUCCUACCAUUUCUUCAUUAUCUCUUUGUCAAAAUUCUAGAAGACUUGCCUCAUUGUGCGAGCACCAACAACACAUACACUGAUUAGAGUUAUCAUCGAAGGACAUUUAAUUGUGGAGCACAUUAUUAAAAGAUGGGACAGAUAUGUGGGUAGGAAGGGUUUAGAAGGCUAUGGGCCAAAUGUAGGCAAAGGAACUAGUAUGCCAACUUGGACGGCAUGGACAGGGUGGGCUAAAGGGCUGUAUAUCUCAAUGACUAAAAUAUAGAAAUGGCAUGAAAAUUACUGCAAGCUUAGGUAAGCAAAGGCUAAUAGAUAAAUAUAAAGUGCAUUAGUACUGAAUUAAGCUCAAUGAAAAUAUUUUAAUUGUAUUAAUUAGAAAAUAAAUCCUACAAAUAAAAAUAAUUCCUUACGGUCUAGCCAGAAUAUGUCAGCGUUUAAAAGAAGUAUUUGAUUUUAAUAGAGGAAAUAUGGUAGAUUACAUUGUGUGGUCUCAAACAUGCAUCUCAUGUGUUAUUGAGUCCCAAAAGAGCACAGAAACACAUUCCUGCAAAUCAUAGUCAUACCACGAGCGUUCGAGUCAGACCCUGUUGUGAAGGCUUAUUCCUUUAGAGAACUUUGCCGUGGUCGUAACCUUAUCAGUGAUGGAUGCAGAACUCUGAUUUGAUUGACAACUCAGCCUAAGCAGAAGUUUAAAAAAAUUGGACUGCACCUCAUUAAUGAAACUACAAGCAAGAGCAGCUCCCAGUAGGAGGAAAAGGAAAAGCAAUAACAUCAGGUCAGACUUGGGAGGAUUGUUUGCCUCUGUGCAGUUGAAUUGGAUCUGUGUGCGUUGAUUAUAAACAGACUCAGGAGGUAAAAUGAAUUGGAGCAGUUGGCAGCCUGUGUUGCUGUGGCUCCUGAGCUUCAGCUGCAGUGCUAUAAGUGAAGAAAAUCAUGCCCAUGAAUCAGUGAAGAAUCACACAGGAGAAAAAACCGAUCUUGAAAAGCAGGUGGACUCCUGCCCUGCUGACUGCGUUUGUAACCUGGAUGGAACUGUGGACUGUGGUGGGGUGGAUCUAAAAGAAUUUCCCAAGAACUUAUCACAAUCAAUACUGCAUCUGUCUUUGCAGAACAAUGCUUUAGAAGUGAUCCCUCUGGAGGAAUUAUCAAGACUGCAGAGUCUGGAGACUUUUAACUUGCAGAAUAACCGGCUUAGUUCUAAAGGACUACCUGAUGAUGCCUUCCGUAAUCUUAAGAAUUUGCGGUAUUUAUACCUGGCAAAUAAUAAGCUAACCGUUGCUCCAAAAUACCUGCCGAAAACCUUGAUUAGUGCGGAUCUUGCAGCCAAUUACCUUACAAAGAUCUAUCCCCUCACUUUUGGGCAGAAACCAAAUCUAAGGUCUGUCUAUCUACACAACAAUAAACUCACAGAUGCAGGAUUACCUGAUCAUAUGUUUAAUGCAUCUGAUGGUGUUGGAAUAUUAAUCAUGUCCAGUAACUUCCUGAAGUAUGUACCCAAGAAUUUGCCAAAAGGACUAUUCAGAUUACAUUUAAAAAACAAUAAACUGGAAAAGAUUCCAAAAGGAGCUUUUGAAAACCUUUCAAAUCUCCGUGAACUAUACCUUCAUCAUAAUUAUAUAACCAAUGAAGGAAUGGACAAUGAAACAUUUUGGAAACUGUCAAGCUUGGAAUACCUAGAUUUGUCAUGCAACAAUAUGACUCAAAUACCAAGUGGAUUACCUCGAAAUAUUAUCCUCCUACACUUGGAGAAGAAUGCCAUCAAAACCAUACCUGCUAACUGGUUGACGCAGAUAAAACAUCUAGAAUACCUCUUGCUUCAUAAUAACAAGAUAAGGGCAAAAGCAAUACACCCACUUGCAUUCAAGGGUCUUAAAAAGCUCCAUACCUUUCAUCUCUAUAACAAUAUGCUCGAAAGAAUCCCAAGUGGUUUACCAAGACGGGUGAAGACAUUAAUGCUUCUCCAUAAUCAAAUUUCAGAAAUUUCCAGAAAUGAUUUUGCUUACACAUACUUUUUGACGGAAUUGAAUCUGAGUUACAACAAACUAACAAGUUCCAAAAUUCACCCAGAAGCAUUCCGGAAAAUGAGGCUGCUUGAAUCUUUGGAUUUUUCUGGAAAUAAUCUGAAUGUAAUACCAAGGGGUCUGCCAAAGAAUUUGCACAUAUUGAAGCUGAAGGAAAAUGAAAUUAACUCAAUUACUGAUGGCGUGCUCUCAGGAAUGGCAAAGCUGAAGGAGCUCUUCCUGAGUAAUAACAAACUUAAGCUGAAUUCAGUCUAUCCGGGCGCAUGGAAACAACUGUCUGCACUCCAGCUUUUGGAUUUAUCAAGUAAUCAGCUUUCCUAUAUUCCUACUGAUCUACCAGAGUCUCUUCAGUACAUUUACCUCCAGAACAAUCAAAUUUCUGUCAUCCCAGAGAAUGCCUUCGAAUCUACACCUAACAUCAAAGGGAUUUACCUUAGGGAUAACAGUCUAACAACUACUAGAGUGAAAGGAACAGCAUUUGAAAAGCUGAAAUUCUUACAAGUGCUGGAUAUGGGUGCAUAUACGGAGUCUACAUCCUCAAAGGAGAAUAUCACAGAAGACGAUUCAGAGAAUGAUGCUGACCAAGUUAGUCAGAAUGAUAAGUAAUCAUCCAUGAAAAGUAAUCAAACAUUUAGCAUUUUGUUUUCCAUAUACAAAGGUUGCAUAGGUGCAUCAUAGCCAUUAUUACCUCUUGGUGUAGACAUUUUCCUCCAAUUUUAACCUUACUUCAAAGUACCUACCCAAUGAUAACUUAGUCCCCUGUUGUUUUUCAUCACCCUUUCAACAUUAAUUUCAUCAAUCAAAUACAUUCUUUGGACUAACUCAUUCCAGUUCAAGUGCUCAAUUUCACUUCCUCAGCCUCAAACAUACUGAUAUUACCACCUGUUUCUCGUCCAAAUGCAUGCAUUUUUUUCAUUACCUAAGUGUUGUUUUACAUCCACAGUCUCAACACUCCUUAACCAGAUCUCCCUAAUCCAAUGUCUGCUGCCAACGAGACCAUGCCUAUGCUAGUUAAAGAGACAAACUAUAUUGAAUGCUAUUUACUUUAUAUCCUCAAUCUCUUUGGCCUAUUUAAUACCAUUGGCACUCCAUCUUCUCCCAAUGCUUCUAAUCUGCAGCCUACACCACAGGGCUGUUGCAGAGUCUAACCUCUCUGAAUAAUAGCCAGCUUGCCAACGUCACAUCCUCCUCUGUUCACGUGAUCACUCCAGUUGCUGUCUUUCAUUACCAUCUACAAUUUAAGAGCAAAGUUAGUUUCCACAACCUUUUAUGCCUUUUCGUGUUUUGAACCAACAGCUGUUCGAUUUGAAAUUGCCAUUGGGUUAUUAAUCAGGCCCAAGCUACCCCCAGCAGAUUUUCUUUCACCCCCUGAAAUCACAAUAUGCCUCUGGCCUCACUACUUUUAAACUCCUCCCCAAGAUCUCGGACUGAAUUAAUGAUACACAAGAUGAAAUAGAUAUGAGGUACUGCAAAAAAAUAAUGACAAUGACGUUUAUAACACAAGAUUUUAAUAUAUUGUUAAUCGGUGUCUCAAAAAUUACUCUGGACAUUAAUCUUCAAUAGGACUGGCUUGAGUAUUUCACAAUCUCAGCGACGUUAGAAUGUUAUUAUGUGCAAAUCAUUUAUUAAAAAGUAAUAUACUCUC